AUGCAGAGCAGUGACCGCUUCAACCCGUGCGACAAUAACAAAUCACCAACAUGUCUGACGAAGAGGAAUAUUCUGGCUCCGAAGAGGAGGAAGUUGAAGAAGAAGUCGUGGAGACGCCCGCUCCCAAACAAGAGUGAGUAUACUGAAGUUAUAAUUAUAAACAUAAGGAAAAUCGCUUCGCUUUUAGUGACUGAAUGUGGUCAUAAAAUCGAUAUGCAAAGGCUGAGUAGACCGUCGAUCGCGGGUGAGGGAGACCCAGAGUUUAUUAAGCGUCAAGAUCAGAAGCGGUCAGACUUGGACGAACAGUUGAAAGAAUAUAUCAACGAAUGGCGCAAACAAAGGGCCAAGGAGGAGGACGAGCUGAAACGCCUCAAAGAGAAGCAGGCUAAGCGCAAGGUAUCCCGCGCUGAAGAAGAGAAGCGCCUCGCUCAAAAGAAGAAGGAAGAAGAAGAAAGAAGGAUCCGUGAAAUUGAAGAAAAGAAACAACGUGACAUCGAAGAGAAGAGGCAGAGGCUCGAGGAGGCCGAGAAGAAACGCCAGGCUAUGCUCCAGGCCAUGAAAGAAUCCAGCAAGACCGGACCUAACUUCACUAUCCAAAAGAGGAGCGAUAACUUCGGCCUUACCAACGCUCAACUCGAGCGCAACAAGACCAAGGAACAGUUGGAGGAAGAGAAGAAGAUUUCCCUUUCGAUCCGCAUCAAGCCCCUUAACAUCGAAGGCCUGUCUGUGGACAAACUCAGACAGAAGGCGGUGGAGCUCUGGGACUGCAUCGUCAAACUCGAGACAGAGAAAUACGAUCUCGAGGAGAGGCAAAAGAGACAGGACUAUGACUUAAAAGAGCUCAAAGAAAGACAAAAGCAACAGCUAAGGCACAAGGCUCUCAAGAAGGGUCUCGACCCCGAGGCACUUACAGGCAAGCACCCCCCCAAAAUCCAAGUUGCGUCCAAAUAUGAGCGACGCGUGGACACACGUUCCUACGACGAUAAAAAGAAGUUAUUUGAGGGCGGUUACGAUACUAUAGCAUCAGAAGGUUUGGAAAAGAUGUGGAAAGAGAAGAUGGAAGAGUUCAUGAACCGCACCAAAAAAAAACUGAACAAGGACUUCCUUGAGAAGGUGUGGCAAGAGAGGGCCGACCAGUUUGGCGGCAGGCAAAAGGCGAGACUGCCUAAGUGGUUCGGCGAGAGGCCCGGCAAGAAGAAGGGCGAACCCGAAUCCCCCGAAGGCGAGGAGGACGUGAAGGCCGGAGACGCUGAGGAGGAGGAGCCUGUGUAUGAGCCCGAGCCCGAAGAGGAGGAGGAGGAAGUUGAGGAGGUCGAAGAAGAGGAGGAAGAAGAGGAAGAGGAGGAGGAGGAAGAAGAGGAGGAAGAGGAA